CCACAUGUGCUUUCUGGCCUUGCACAGCAGCUGACCGGCGGGCGCGCAGUCUGUGCUGGGCAGUGGAGACAACUCUCGAAUUUCAGCUGUAGCAAAAUAGCGGCUACAAUUUGCUCACUCUGCAGCUAUGGACGGGAAGAAUUGCGUGGUCAUACCAGACAACUUCACUGGAUACAGCACCGAUCUCUUCUGUAUUCCGAAGCAUUACAAAGAAGAUGUUGAAUGUGUCUUCCUCCCGUGCGGACUCGUUCAAGACAGGAUAGAGCGGAUGGCUCAAGACAUUGUCUUGCACUACCACGACAAGCCAUUCCGAGCACUGUGUGUCCUUAAAGGAGGCUAUCGCUUUUUUGCUGACAUGCUGGACAGAGUGCGUCACUACUACCACUUCAACCAGUGCUCAACACCAUUCUCUACCGACUUUAUCAGAGUCAAAAGUUAUGUGAAUGACAAGUCAUCUGGUGAAGUAACCGUCAUGGGACUGGACAGCAUGGAAGAACUCAAGGGACAGAACAUCCUGAUUGUUGAAGACAUCAUUGAAACUGGGAAAACAAUGGCUGCUCUUGUGGAAUACCUCAAGGCUUUUGAACCUAAAGAGGUCAAGGUCUCCAGCUUGUUUGUCAAGAGGAGCCCCAGAAGUUCUGGCUACAAGCCAGAUUAUUGUGGCUUUGAAUUACCUGACAAGUUCGUUGUUGGCUAUGCCCUUGAUUACAACGACCAUUUUCGUGAUCUAAGUCAUGUGUGCAUCAUAAGCAGUGAAGGCAAAAAAAAGUAUGCCGAGACACGGUCCUAGCUCCUGUUGUUGUCAUCGGCCUGCCUUCAUGUGGCGCCUGUUAUUGACUGCAGUAGUCUCUUAUUGAGACGCAGUGUCAACGGAGUGUUUGCAGUUGAGUUUCACGGAAGAUCAAGAUAUUUAGUGCACUGGUGCGCUCUUAGAGCUGCACCUACCCUACUCAUGUGCUUUGUUUGCUUUCACCCUACAUACUCACGCCAUUUAACAGCAUGCAUUCCAUGAUGCACAUAGUGAGACAUGCAUUCUUUUGUGAUGUGAAGUUCAGUGUCCUGCAUCUUAGGGAAAAAAAAUUGUACUUCCUCAGAAAGCCGGUGAUAUCGUGCCAAAUGCAGUGCUCGUGUGGCCAUCGUUGUUGUUGUCGAUUGUUUUGCGACGGAAACCACCAAAAAAGUCUGUACCUCGCACACCAGAUAUUAUUUUCGUAAAAUAAAUACGUUUUUGCAAGGACAA